ACUUACCUUAUAGCUAGCAAGAGUGGAGAAGCAAGAACGAAGAUGAAAGAUUGAAAGAGGAAAAAAAAAAUAUAUAUAUAUGGAGGCUUUGGUGUGCAAGAAACUAGGUGAUCCAACAUCAUUGAAAUCAUCAAUAUCAGAGGCAGAUAAUGAUUCCCCAAUAAUUCUAAGCAAAACCCAUCCUAUCCCACAACUUAAAUCACCCACAUCAGUUAGAGUUAGAGUUAAAGCUACAAGCUUGAACUAUGCAAAUUACCUGCAAAUUUUAGGCAAGUAUCAAGAGAAACCUCCUCUUCCUUUCAUUCCUGGCUCUGAUUAUUCUGGCAUCGUUGAUGCUGUGGGUUCUGGUGUCUCACUUUUAAAGAUCGGUGACCGUGUUUGUUCCUUUGCUGCGCUUGGUUCCUUUGCUGAAUUCAUUGUUGCUGACCAGGCUGAAUUGUUUAAAGUGCCAGAUGGGUGUGAUUUGGUUGCUGCUGGUGCAUUACCUGUGGCUUUUGGCACCUCGCAUGUUGCACUUGUUCAUAGAGCUCAAUUGACUUCUGGUCAGGUGUUGUUGGUUCUUGGUGCAGCUGGAGGGGUUGGUCUUUCUGCUGUUCAAAUUGGCAAGGUUUGUGGGGCUGUUGUUAUUGCAGUUGCAAGGGGAGAUGAAAAGGUGCAGUUUUUGAAGUCAUUGGGAGUGGACCAUGUAGUGGACUCGAGCAAAGAGAGUGUCAUUGCAAGUGUCAAGGACUUCCUUAAAGCAAGGAAGCUCAAAGGGGUAGAUGUUUUGUAUGAUCCUGUUGGAGGCAAACUUACUAAAGAGAGCAUGAAGUUGUUGAAUUGGGGUGCUCAGAUCUUGGUUAUUGGUUUUGCUAGUGGGGAUGUACCUGUCAUCCCUGCAAAUAUUGCUCUUGUCAAGAACUGGACUGUGCAUGGACUUUAUUGGGGCAGCUAUAAAAUACAUCGACCUGUUGUGCUUGAAGAUUCAAUCCGGGAGCUGCUUUCCUGGGUGGCAAAGGGCUGGAUUACCAUCCACAUUUCUCACACUUACAGUUUAUCAGAGGCCAGUCUCGCGUUUGCCGCCAUUAAAGAUAGGAAGGCAAUUGGGAAGGUGAUGAUUGCUAUUGAUGAUGAAAGAAGUGUAAAAUCUAAGCUUUAAGUCAAUCAGGAUUCAGAUGGGAUGGAAUGCAGAAUAUAUUCUUUUUCGCAGACUCUCCUUUUAAGUUACCCGUCAAGCAAUUUUCUCAUUUCUGUUUGAUACAAUUGCUUUACUUGUCAAUAAGGUAAUUAUCAUGUAGUAGUUGUUGAAAAAUGCCAAAUAAGAGAACUAUUAUACCGAAAGAAAAAUAAAAUAAAAAUUGCAGAUGAAUAUUGGUGAAA